AUUCUAACAAAAACGAUGAUUUCGGAGCUUUAUUCGGAGCUCUUGAACGCAUCGUGCGUGACAGAUGUUGUUGAGCGGGUGUGGUGGAGUAAAACUCCUGGGAAUGUCGAGUCCGUGAAGGAGCCGAGUGUCUACUUUUCAGGCAGGAUGGAGAUGAUGAAGCCAGAAGUCAAAAAGAAACCGCCCAAAACUCUGCCAAAACCGUCUGAGUUUCAGAGAAAUGACGCCGAGAGACCGACUCCUCUGGUGCCUCAGCGACCGGCAGAUGAUGAGCUGAGUCACACGCAAUACAGGGUGAAAAAUGCAGCAAAAGCGUAUAACGAGGCAAAUGGAAACCUGACACAAAGAGAGACGAGAAGAGAGAAGCAGUCUGAGACGCCCGAGGUUCCACCCAGACCCACAGAAAAUAGAAAUCCGAACGCCCUGUCUGGACUGUUUAAGAGGAGCCAAAAAGAGAGGCCGCCUUCAUUCACUAAAUACGUGACCCACGACUUGGACAAAGAGGAAAAAACUGACGAUGCCCCGCCUAAGCAGGCUCCGGCCAGCAAACAGGGCGGUCUGAAGGAAAUAAUGAAAGGGUUACAAAUCAAGUCGUCCCCAAAGACCAGCAGAGAGCCGAGUCCGGAUCAAAGCGGAGCGGAGGGCCGAUCAGAGAAGGACGAGCCUGCGGAGAAAAACAAGCAGGAAAAGAGUUCAGAACCAAAACAGGAUAUCGGAGCUCUGUUCACUGGAAUGUUUCGGAAAACUCCCAAAGAGAGGCCUGCUUCUCCUACUCUGAAGGUCAGCAAAGCAGACAGUGAUGCUGAAGAUGCAGAGGAAGGCGAGGAGAAAAGCUCUGAACAAUCCAAUGAAAAGGGGAACUUCUUCUCUGCCAUCCUUAAAAAACCUGCCAAAUCAACAGACGAUAAAGAGCGUCUGAGUGCUCACAGUGAGCUGUCGGCCAGCAAUGACAGUCUGUCUGAAAACAAGGACAAAGGAGGAAUAUUCAGCGGGAUGUUUAAGAAGAAACCAUCAGAAGCUGCUCCAACUGAAGAGGACCGAAAGUCUCUACAUGAUGAUCUGUCAGGCAGUAACGAUAAUCUGUCUGAGAACUCCAAGGAGAAAAAAGGAGGCCUGGGUGGAAUCUUCAAAAGAUCAGCCAGCAUUGACAACCUGUUUGACGAGACCAGCAGAGAGUCGAAUCCGGAUCAAAGCGGAGCGGAGGGCCGAGCAGAGAAGGACGAGCCUGCGGAGAAAAACAAGCAGGAAAAGAGUUCAGAACCAAAACAGGAUAUCGGAGCUCUGUUCACUGGAAUGUUUCGGAAAACUCCCAAAGAGAGGCCUGCUUCUCCUACUCUGAAGGUCAGCAAAGCAGACAGUGAUGCUGAAGAUGCAGAGGAAGGCGAGGAGAAAAGCUCUGAACAAUCCAAUGAAAAGGGGAACUUCUUCUCUGCCAUCCUUAAAAAACCUGCCAAAUCAACAGACGAUAAAGAGCGUCUGAGUGCUCACAGUGAGCUGUCGGCCAGCAAUGACAGUCUGUCUGAAAACAAGGACAAAGGAGGAAUAUUCAGCGGGAUGUUUAAGAAGAAACCAUCAGAAGCUGCUCCAACUGAAGAGGACCGAAAGUCUCUACAUGAUGAUCUGUCAGGCAGUAACGAUAAUCUGUCUGAGAACUCCAAGGAGAAAAAAGGAGGCCUGGGUGGAAUCUUCAAAAGAUCAGCCAGCAUUGACAACCUGUUUGACGAGGAGAAGGGCGGGCUGUUUAGCGGACUUCGCAAGAAAACACCCAAAGCGUCUGGAGACGAUGCAGCAGCAGAGGAUGAGCAGAAGGAGCUGACAGCGAGUACGGACAGUCUGUCUGAAAACGGAAAAACAAAGGAGAAAAGUAUUUUCAGCGGCAUGUUUAAGAAAACUCCUAAAGCAGCAGCAGAGGGGAAUACAACAGAUGAUGAGUUAGACCCAGCCGAGGACAACAGGUUAUCUGCCAGCUGUGAAAAUCUGUUAGAAGCAUCAACAUCAAAGGAAAAGUCUGGAGGACUGGGAGGGAUCUUCAGAAGGUCUCCAAAACCAUCUCCAAAACCAUCUCAUCGCUCCAUCACUUCUAAGGAUCCUCUCACAGCCAGCUGCGACAGCCUCGCAGACACAGCAGAGGGGGAUUUCGGUGAUAAUGAUGAUAAUCUAUCUGACGCCACAGGAACAUCUAAAGAGAGAAAAGGAGGCUUUGCUGGGAGGUUCAGAAGGCACAAACCCCUGGAACAUCAGGAAAGUGAGGACUUGGAGGCACCAGCGGAAGGCGGGCUGAGACGCAGGAGAACCAUCAAGAAAAAGAGACGAGUUACGUCAUUCAGAGUCAAGAAAACUUCCAAAGUACCCAACCUUCUUACACAGAGUUCUGACAAGAUGCCUGCUAUCGAGGAGAUAGUGGAGAUGCAGGACCUGAACUCAGCACAGGAGAGCUCAGUAGAAGUCCAGCCUGUAGAGAUGGCCGCUUACCCCACUGAAGCCAACCCUCUAGUUGCCGAGGAGCAAGACGAGCUGAUUGAAUGGUGGAACACAGUCAAAGGUUGGGUAGAGUGGAACGAAACAUCCGAUUUCCAGGGGGAGGAUGGGGAAGCGGCGAUGGAGCAGGCAGCUGAUCGUGUCUACAUGGCGGCCCGUCUGUUCGUGCGUCUUUUCAACCAGCGGGGGGCGUCCUUGCAGCAUCGCAUCCUGGAGCUUUUGGCUCUGGCCGACGCUGCGGAUCUAUUCCACAAGAAGACCGUGUCGAUCGCCGUGGGCGGAGGCGUGGCUAGCGUUUGCGGGAGCGUGGCUACGAUCACGGGGCUCAUCCUGGCACCGUUCACUUUCGGAGCCUCUAUCAUUGUCACGGCGGUGGGGAUCGGGGUAGCUACGGCAGGCAGCAUCACCUCGGCCUCGGCCAACAUCACAGACACGGUUCACUCUAACAUGGACCGCAAGAAGCUGGAGAAGAUGAUCCAGGACUACCAGGAGGAAAUCAAAGACAUCAGGGAGGUCAUGGAGUUUGUACAGGCUGGUAUGGACACCCUGCAGGAGUGGGACUUUGAGAAGUACUCAGAGAGCGCGGCCAAAAAAGCAAUGAACCACAAUCUAAAGCAUGUGAUGAAGGAGGGUGGCCGUGCAGGAAAAGCCCUGAUGAUCAACACCGAUAAGCUCAUCAGCACGGUGCAGGUUUUAGGCGCUGCAGGCGGUGCUGCCAAAGCCGCCCAGGCCAUCAGCGUCACCACAGGGGUCAUGUCCGCUCUUUUCCUGGCUCUGGAUGUUUUCUUCCUGGCCAAAGACUCCCACGACCUGCGCAAAGGAGCCAAAACUAAGUUUGCUAAAAAGAUCAGGGACGUGUGUACAGAACUUCAGGACGGCUUGCUGGCGCUGAACAAAGUGAAGACGCAGCUGCAGAAGACCAUGGAAGGCAUCGAGGUGGAGGAGUAUGAGGAUUUUGAGGAGGUGGAGGUAGAGGUCGACGAUGACUUUGAGUCAGAUCCAAAAAAGCUGGCUGAGCUGGAGAAGGAGCUGGACCUCCUGGAGGAGAAACUGGACAAGAGGGUUGAGGAGGAGCAGAAGAGGAAGAAGGAGGAGGAGGAGCUUAAGAAGAAGAAGGAGGAGGAGGAGAUGAAGAAGAAGAAGGAGGAGGAGGAGCUAAAGAGGAAGAAGGAGGAGGAGGAGGAGAAGCGCAUGAAGGAAAAGGAGGAAAAGGAGUUAAAAUUAAAGAACAUUUCUGACAAGGAAGAAGAGCAGGAAAAUGAGACUGUUAAAGACGAAGAAGAAUCUGAGAAAGGAAAGAAGAAGGACAAAGAAAAUGAGAACUGGAUUACAGCAGCCAAAGAAAAACUCGAGAGCAAGCGAGACAAGACAAAAGAAGACAAACUGAAAGAGAAAAAUAAAUCUGGAAAAGAGCAGAAGGAAGCUAAGAGCAGGUCGGGUGAUUCCAAACAAGAGGAUCGGAGUGAAAAAGUGCAAUCUGAGAGGGUCAUGACGGGAAGAGAGAGUGAGAGGAGCAGGAGCCACAGAGAGGAGGAAAAAGAGAUGAAACCUGAAUGGAAAUCUGUGAAUAAAGAGAGAGAGACUGAAGGUGGGAGUACAGCGAGGAGGCGCGGCAGCAGGAGCGACCAAGACAAACCCAACUGGAGAGAGAGCAAACACCAAGCAAAAGAGUCAGACAGCAGCAGCAACAGUGGGCGAGUAAAAGAAAGUGACAGGAUGGAGAGCUGGAGGAGGACUGAAGAGGAGAGAGGAGUGAAAGACUGGAGGGCUGAGAUGGCAAAAAGAGAGGAGAAGAGCAGGGAAGGAAAAGAAUCUAGAAGAGAGGAUGAAGGAAAGGGCGACGUGAAGAGAGAGUCGCAUCGAAGCCACGAGACCGUGUCGUCGAGGAGGGAGCACUCGGAGAGAGAGUGGGGGAGCAGCAGAGGGUCCGACUCCAAGAGGAGUCACCACAGGAGAGGAUCAGACGACCAGAAGGAGAGGGGAGACGAGAAACGAGAGAGCAGGAUGGAGAGUGCGAGGAAGAAGUCUGAGAGAGCGGAGGGUGAAAGGGGGGGCGAGGAGGAGGAGGACGGAGUGAAGAGGAGAGAGGACAGGGAGAGGAGAGGGAGUGACAGAGAGCACAGACACAGCCACCGAGGAUCUCGAUCCCGAGCCAACGCACUGCUGGAAGACGGACUCAACAUUUAGUUACAUUACAAAGCUAAGAAGUUAAGAUGCAUGAUAGAGAGCUGCAGAAAUACAUCAACCAGAAAUGAGACAUCUUUUUUGGUUCCCUCCUCCCAAUCAGUGGGUUUUUUCUAAGAUACACUUUGUCUUUUGUUCUGCAACAUCAAAUAUAAGGUGAAUACCCAGAUUGUGAAUUUUGAAGACGAGGGUUGGGCCAGCAUCUUCACAACAUACACAUUUGUUUUGAUCAUUUAUACUUGAAAUUGACAAUGACCUGGAGUUAAAACUAAGGAUAUUUAACUGGAAUUACUGAAAUGCAGAGAAUUGAAGCAGUAGCUGUAGAAGCUACAAACUGGUUUAGAGCACUGUGUUCUCUCUGCAACGCUACGUAGGGGUCCAAUCACAGCUGAUGCAAUCCUCACUGCUACAAAAGUAUAGUUUCAUUUCUGCAUGAAACUGCAUGUUGAAGGGAAACGGUCAUGCCUGCAUUAAAAUGUUCCUAUGUGAGGAUUAUUAUACUGAACAAAUCAUUCUAGCAUUGUUUUUUUUGUUUUUUUGAAACAGAGUUUAUGUUCUGCAGUUUUAUAAGUUUCAUGUCAAGGUCAAAAAAACGCAUCAUUUCUGCAGCACUUUACGAGGGAGACCUCAUGCAAAAACAGCCAAUCAAAUCACGCGUAGAGCAUGCGUGUGAAGCUGUAUCACGUGAUCUCUGCUACAGGGUCUUCUUCAGAACUACCACUACAAAUGUAAUCUCGUAUAUUCAAUAGGACCCUUCUUUUAACCCCGGAAAGCUGAAACUGUAAAUGCUCUUCCAAACACUGUUUUCAGGAAGAGGCUGCUCGUAUGCUGUCAGUGCUUUACAAUAGAAUAUAUACUGAACUGUUACAUGUGUUUGUGAAACAUACUUUCUAAAUGGUGUCUGUUACUGUAGUAAUGCUGGUGUUUCAGGGUCAAACUGGAUGGACUGUUAAAAUGCAGAUGGUUUCUUUAUUACAGACAUAAUGGUUGAGUUUUUGUUGUUGUGUAGUCGAUGAUGCUUUAAUAUCACUUUAAGAACAACGCUCUUCUUGUGUGUGUGUGUGUGUGCGCACAUGAAGGAGAAAAAGGGAAUUUAACCGGUCGUACAAAAACGUUCCAGGAAAUGUACCUUGGUCAAACUACCUGUUACAGAUAAUUUAACACUCUGUGCACUUUAACCGGUAGCUUUCUUACACUAUUGCUUUAUGUUUCUGGAUGACUCUGUCUGUCUGAUAUUUUUAUACUUUCAGUGUAUGUAUUUUUAUAUAUUAAGGGUUUUUUUCUAUGGUGUUGGUUUCUUAUUGAACAAAUAAAUUAUUAGAAUAAUUGA